AUGGCCAUCAAAUCAGAUGCUCCUCAGGGAAAGGACCAUGCACAGGGGUCUAACGGCGUCGAGAUUAACAAGGAUGGCGCGGUGAUUAGGCAAAUGCCAGUCACAUUGCUCUCCGGCUUUCUGGGAAGUGGAAAGACAACGUUACUAGAGCAUAUCCUCAAGUCACCGGAUCAUGGCCUUAGGAUUGCCGUCAUUGUCAAUGACAUGAGCAAACUCAACAUCGAUGCCGCUCUGAUAACCAAUCACAAGGUCUCCCAGACAAAGGAAAAGCUCAUUCAGCUCCAGAAUGGAUGCAUCUGUUGUACGCUAAGAGGGGACCUGCUGUCAGAACUCGCCCGCUUAGCCAGAUCGAAAGAAGUGGAAUAUGUGGUCAUCGAGAGUACUGGUAUCAGUGAGCCCAUGCAGGUGGCAGAGACGUUCACAGCCGAAUUUAGCUCUGCGAUGAUGGAGCUGGAUGAUGACAGCGUGGAGACAGACGAGGAUAGCAAGAAGAUCCUCGCUGAAAUCGCGAACAUGGGAGGUCUACACAACUUGGCAAAACUGGACACAACCGUUACUGUGAUUGAUUCCUUUAAUUUGUUUCACAACUUUGAUACGACUGAGUUCCUCUCUGACCGUUAUGGGUCUGAGGAGAUAAUCCCUGAAGACGAACGGACCAUCUCCGAUUUGAUGAUUGACCAAAUCGAGUUCGCCGAUGUCGUGGUCAUCAACAAGAUUGAGACCAUUGACGAGCCUACUCGUGUGAGGAUCAGGAACUUAGUUAAGCUACUGAACCCUGAUGCUAAAGUGCUGGAGGCCAGUUAUUCCAGAAUCGACGUAAAGGAGAUCGUCAACACUGGAAAAUUCGAUUUCCUUAAGGCAGCCUCAGGAGCGGGAUGGCUGAGAAGCUUGCAUGAGAUGACUGUGAGGGAAACCGGAUCCGGGAAGAGAUUGGCACCCAAGCCAGAGACCUUGGAGUAUGGGAUCAACAACUUCGUCUAUACUGCUCGAAGGCCGUUUCAUCCUCGUCGUAUAUUUGCCCUUCUACACGACAAGUUCAUUCUACUGCAAAACAAUGAACUACAGGACGGCGACGAAGAAGGUGAGGACGACGACCAGAUGGAAGAGGAUGACGAAGGACAGGAGGAUGACAUGGACGUAGACGAGGUCGAGGACUUUGAGCAGCCCGAGCCUGCUCAAAUCCUGGCCAAUAAGCGUGCCCACCCAGCAUUUGGUCCAAUUCUCCGCUCCAAGGGGUUCUUCUGGCUAGCAACUCGAGCUCAUCAGUUUGGAGAAUGGAGCCAGGCUGGCGGGAUGCUGACCGUCGGCUGCGGCGGUCCCUGGUUUACGGAAGUCCCACGGGACUUCUGGCCGGAAGACAAGGAUGUCUGCGAGUCCAUCGAGCGAGACUUCCAAGGACCGUGGGGUGACCGGCGUCAGGAGAUCGUAUUCAUCGGUGAAAACAUCGAUAUCGAAAAGAUCACCUCACUCCUGAACGAAUGCCUACUCGAUGAUGAGGACAUGGCCAGAUGGGAAGAAGUCAUGGCGAAUGAGAAGCUGUCAAGAGACGAGAAAGACGAAAAGCUUAGCCACAUGUGGGAAGACGGCUGGGAAGCGUGGCCACCUCUCGAAAUCGAAGGAGAAGCUUGCGAACUCGAUCAUGGAGCAGAUGACACAAAGCCUGCAAAACACCGCAUUAGCGAGCACAUCGGUCAUAGCCAUGGCCAUGGCCAUGCUCAUCCACAUGUGAACGGCAUCCAAAAACAACACGUGAGGCCGAUGGUGAAGGCGUAA